AUGUUCGACAACCCAACCGAGCAGGGCUACAAGGUCGAUAACUUCAUUUCACUUGAGGAAAAGGUAUGGAGUACUUUGCAAGCAGCUAAUAGUGACUCCCAUACUGAGCAAUCUUCAAACCAACUUCCGAUUAAACUGCAAUCCAUUUCACUGCCGAAGAUAAUAAUUCCAAAAUUCGAUGGCACCUAUUUAAAAUGGCAAGAAUUUUAUGACCUAUUCUCGCAACUGGUAAUAAAUCAACCUCUUUCAAAAGUUCAGAAAAUGUGGUACUUGAAAACUCACCUAGUGGGGGAGGCUGGAAAUUUAAUUAAACAUUUCGCAUCAACAGGAGAGAAUUUUGAUGCAGCUUGGUUCAUGCUUCUGGAGCGUUACAACAACAAACGCUUGCUGGUGAGCAAGUUAGUACAUGAGCUAACUACUACACCUGGAAGCACAUCAAUGGACAAUGUCAAAAAACUGCAUGACACAACACAAGAAUGUCUAUUAGCAUUGCAAAAUUUGCAGAUAGACACAUCAACAUGGGAUCCACUUCUGCUCCCCCUUCUACUAAAGAAACUGGAUCAACCGACUCGUUUGCGGUACGAACAAUCAUUAUCAAAGCCACGGGAGGUACAAACACUCAAGGAAUUCCUGCAAUUUCUGGAGAAACACUUUUAA